UAUUCCACUGAAGAGGCUCUUCUUAGAGAGCUCAAGAACGCUGGCAAUUGCGGAGGGAUCAACGGAUAGACAACCRAGAUCUUAAUUCUAUCGAAGCCAAGACAGAAACGGGCGGAAAGCAAGAGUGACCACUGGCUCCAAAGAAUAGAAGCAGGCUGUCUCGAUCGAAGCAACUCGAAAUCGCGUCGAGACGAUGGCUUUGGGUUCCGAACCAGAGGGACCACCGAGGUCGCCCGAAGCGACCAUUCGCGUGGCAGGUGGCGACGAAGCAAUCAAAUCGACGGUGAAAAGCCUGCGCAAACUCAUGGGUGGAAUCUGCGACCCGCGCAAAAACAAUGCCGACGGAAGCGGCGAGGAGGAGGAAGACAAUCAAUACGACUUGUAUCUUCACGAGCAGUACCAGCAUUAUCUUCACGAUCAGGAUCGGCAUCAGGAUCGGCAUCAGGAUCGGCAUCAGGAUCAGCAUCAGGAUCAGCAUCGCCCCACCCACGAUCCGACUUGGAGUCCGCCCGUACGACCGUCUAGUCCUAGUGCUACCGAUGGAGCCACCACCGUUGUCGCAAGUAGCACCWGCAAGAAUGACGACAGCAACAAUCCUCCUCCGCUGGUAGACGGGAAUGGAGCGACAGCGACACCUUCCGAAGAGAAGGAUUCUSUCGAUAGCAUGGACAGKGCCAAAAAAGUGUUGUUCCCCAACGAARAAAACGACGAACCGCUCGUGGASGAAACAACACCAAUCUUCGAAGAAUCAUGCGACAACAGCAUCAUUAGCAACAMCAGCARCACCAACUUGGAAAUUGAUCCGAUUCCAGAACAGCGGCAUCCUCGUGAUCAUUUGCACGUCUGGACCCGCACUUUGUUGUCUAUCGCAGCCCUCGUUUUUCUGGCAUUGGGAACUACGAUUCUAUGUAUGCAAACGACCGAUACAGAAGGUCUCAAYAUCAACGAAGUCUUAGACCGCAUACGGAAGUAUCGUCGCACAACCCAUCUCCAGGAAAGGUCGRCCAUACACCCUGCUUCUGUCACCAAUGACGUCGACAGCACCAUUCGUGAGGCAUCGCUGCCGCCAAAAACUCGGCGAACAACAGAAGAAACCAACGACCAUGCCAAGGAACCCAAUAGUUGGCUCGACACUAUGUACGACGACGCAGAGGAGAUUCUUCGAUUGACUUACGAUCGAACCCAGUUGUAUCUACGAGAGGCAGUGGGGGAGAUCCUGGAGACUCUAGGUCAUCAGAAAAAUAAGGUGCUAGAAAAAAUCUAUGAACACCACGAAACCAUUCAAUCAGAGCAAUUCAACGAGCCCGAGCUAUCCCUCAACGGCAUCACGAAGUAUUACUCCGAACUCGUAGAUAUUCGAAACGUAACGGUYGCYCUGGARCUCUUUCUAAAAUAUUUUAGCGGCAACAGCACGUGGGAACAGAUGGGGAUCAAUGUGAUAUCCAAAGAGUAUUUUACGCAGUACAUUCCGAAGACCCUGGAGCUUGUUCGAGGAGAGGCAAACCUCGAACACGUCCACAAAAUAUGGACGUCCGACCUCACGAAACGCAUCCGGAAUAUGAGGGUCUUUGACGAAGACGACAUCUACAACAAACUGAACGAGAUAGGUGAUACUAUAGCCAGGUUCUACCACGAGAGUGGAUUGCACCAAUACGUCGAACGGCUCGAACAAAAGCUAGCGGACGCCGUAGGCGAAACGAACAUGACUAUCGUGGAUGCGAUGCGGGCAGAGAUCCUGGACCGGCUCGCUGAGUACUAYCAAAACAAUCCGUUGAGCGAUUAUUUGCAGUUGCGACCACUGCUUUCCUCGGACAUCGCGGGUGUCGACGAAGCGACCGCGUCUGGAGCUUCCUCGGAUGAAUGCGCGACGRCCGGCGCCGAUUCCACGCCAGAGCGGGAAACAGACGAGCUCGACCAAGCCGAGACGGGCCUCGACACGGACGAACGAGGCGCCGAAGAAGAAGAGGUUCAAAUCGUCGACCGCGAUCCAUCAGGCUCCGACGAGGAAUCCGAACUCCUCGUUGAUACUGUCCAAGACAACCCUAUAGAAACGAACGACCCUUCAUCUAUAGAAGAAGAAGAAGAAGAAGGAGAAAGAGAAGAGUCCAGCCCAACGACGGAAUCGAACCCGUCGAUUUCUGAUGUGGAUGUUGUCGAUGCAGAGCUCGACGACACGUUGGAACCAGAGGAUGACUCGGACGCAACCACCACUGAAGACGAAACUAUCGGCAAACACGCAGACGAGGCUGCCGACUUGAUUGAGUCUGACSAAGAACCCAAGCUCCCUGCAGACCCUACCAUAGCCGACUCGUCGAGUGGSACUGAUAACUCCCUAYUGACAGAAAUGGAGGGUUCCAUCCCAAAGAUGGAAUCAAAGCCUUCGCUUUCUGAURUGGGUGUURUCGAUGCAGAAUUUCACGCAACACUAGAACCAGAUAUGAAUAUUGAGGGAAGCGAAACCAAUGACAAAAAUUCAGACGAAACCGUCAACUUGAACAUCGCAGACCAAGAGCCAGAUGUGCCUGCCGAGACUGCCWCAACUGACUCUGUUGACACGGAGCAAUCCUUGCGAACAGAAAUAGAGGAAUACAACACAACGACGGAAUCGAAUCCGAUGGAUUUCGACGAGGGUGUCAUCGGCGUAGAGCUCGAUGAAACGAUUGAGCAAGAGAAAGACCCAAAGAUAUCUAUACCUGCGGAGGAAUACGACAUCAUCAACRAGRAAAAACCUCUGGUAUACGAURAAGUGRAUCUUCAAAACCCAAACGACAGCGACCAGGACAUGCUUGUACCAAAAAAAGCAKUAGAUGGAGAUAGCGACGGCUUGUCUUCGGGAGAGGAGCAUUCGAUCAAGUCCGACGUCAAAGAAUCACUCGGCAAAACAACUACAAAAGAACAAGCUGGAGAGGAACACGAUGAUCAACCGGAAGGCACCGAUAUACUUGACGAAGCAUCGAYAGCCUCUGAGAAUCCCGAAUUGACCACUGACGAAUCUACUCCUGAUGACUCUCUCGCCGAUGAAUCAUCGCAAGGUGAUGAAAGAAUACCCAGCGAGCUGCACAAUAGCAUUCCAAUGGGAACGUUCCCCUCGGAAAACAAAGAAAAAGGUGGCGAGGCAAAAGAUGCGGACAGUGAUAUUCAAACCGUGUCUUCUGAGGACCACGGCACCGGCGACGAAAUUGGUGAAGAUUUGGAAGCAUCKUCAUCGCAAUCAAUUCCACCAUCGGAUGUGUCGGACGCUGACAUCAAAGAAAUCGCUGUCGAAAGCCCAAUUCAAAAGCCGGCUGAGUUGGGCGCACACGACUCUAAAGAUGAAGAGGAUGGUACCGAUGGUGAAAACCUACUCGUAGUCUCAGCUGAAACACUAGAUUCUCAGCACUCUAUCAUCGAAGAAGCUACRCCAGAUAGCKAUAAAGAACGAAACUCGGUUCGGGGACACGAUGAAACAGAUGUACACGACCAGAAAGAUUCUGGUAAUCCUGAAAUUCUAGAUGARGGGAAUUUGAUCAGCUCCGAUAAUGAACGUGAUUCGACUAUUCAAUCUCCACAAAYGCCCACCUSRGCCCAGCCAGCACGAGAUGUUCCCGAUAAUAUUCCAGAUAUGAUCAAGGGUAUAGAAUAUCACAUGACUAAGAUGGAGCAAUCAGUAGCACCCGAUCUCGAUAAAAAAUGCUCAUCGGUCGAAUGUAUGAUUGAAGAAAUAGAGGCAAUUGUAGACAGAACAAGAACGGAAAGCUACGCCGCUAGAAAAUACGAUGCAGCGGACAAUUUCGAGGAKAGGAAUCCAGUUGUUUCAAAGCCCUUGUCGGUGAGACGUCGCUGGAACUCUCUUCAGGGAUGGAUGCAGAGAAGGUAACAGUGGAUGAUAACAUCAUGAAAACUCCCUCUAUUUUAUCGGAAAUCGUUAUUCUGGCUUAUGCUUAAUGAUAUUUAC